AUGUCUUGUGUAGCUGGUGAGGGGGCUGUGCCUGAUUGCUGUUUUGUUCAUCCAUGGAGAGCAGCACAUUUGUAUCCAGUGAUGGAUGAAAGAAACUCUUCCUCCAAAAGUGUGUCAUCGUUGCAUGGGUUGCUUGCUUUGGUUUGUUUGGCUGAAAGGAAUGAUAAGCUUUUGAUAACAUUGGAAGGUGGUAUGUGCCAUACAGCCAUACCUGCUGACAUUCUUGGCUUUGCUGAUAUUCUCAGAGAUUUGGUAAAUGCCAUUGAACAACCUUUUUUUGCCAUAUUUGUGCUAGUAUUUGGUUCAUUUACUGAGGAAGAAACCAGGUCAUGGCUGGGGCAGUCAUCUGAAAAUGCUGAAAAUCCUGUGGAAAAGAAAGAAUCACAAGUUGUUUCUACGACUUUAGGGUCACAAGUUGCGAGUGAAUUAUUUUUCGACAGUUUCACUGGUGAAUCUAGCAUACAUCUGGGUUCUUCAAAAGGGCCAACUGGGUCUCAUCCAUCCAGUAUAGGGAAGAACAAUAUAGUCAGCAUUGUAAAAACAACAGGUGAUCCCUUGCCAGGAGUUUUGAAAGAAAAUGGAGUCAUUCCUACGGUCCAUUGCUCUAUUGCUAAUGGCAAUAAAGCACCUACAGCAGUAGAUGGCAUUGAUUUUCCUUCUUUAUGCAUAUCUGGAAGUGCAAUUGUGACUUCAAAACAAUCUCCCUUUGUGACUCUGCAAGGAAAUUCAAAUGGGACUAUCCAGGAUUCAUCAGUAGUAGCACAUGUUGUAGAGGAUGGCCAGAAGGGCUCUAAUGGGCCUGCUAUACCUGGUGGAGACUUGUUGCCUCGAGGCUUAAGCAACUCAGGAAAUUUAUGCUUUCUUAAUGCUACGUUACAAGCUCUUUUAUCAUGUUCUCCAUUCGUUCAGCUUGUACAGGAACUAAGAAUGCGCAAUAUUCCCAAGCUUGGCUAUCCCACAGUAGCUGCAUUUGUUGAGUUUGUUGCUGAAUUUGACAUGCCCAGUGGGGCAAAUUCAAAGAAGAAAGAUACGGAUAUUCUUGAAACUGGCAGGCCUUUACGUCCCGCCAUGUUUGAAGGUGUUCUGAAAAAGUUUACUCCUGAUGUGUCCAGUAGCGUCUUAGGGAGGCCAAGGCAAGAAGAUGCACAGGAGUUUCUGAGUUUCAUCAUGCAUCAAAUGCAUGACGAAUUACUUAAGCUUAAAGGGCAAUUAUCAAGCUUAAAUGGGGGAAAGUCAUCUUUUGUUUCUUCUGAAGAAGAUGAUGAGUGGGAGACAGUUGGCCGAAAGAACAAAUCUGCAGUGACGAGGACACAAACCUUUGUGCUUUCAGAACUGAGUGCAAUUUUUGGAGGGCAGUUGAGAAGUGUUGUGAAGGCUAGAGGAAACAAAGCCUCUGCUACUAUUCAGCCAUUUCUCUUGCUCCAUCUUGACAUUUCCCAUGAAGCUGUUAGUACUGUUGAAGAUGCUCUUCGUUUAUUUUCUACACCCGAAACACUCGAUGAGUACCGGAUAUCAACAGCUGGAAAGGCUGGAGUUGCAGCUGCUAGAAAAUCUGUAAACAUACAGACACUGCCCAAAAUAAUGAUAUUACACUUGAUGCGUUUUGGCUAUGGAAUCCGUGGAAGCACCAAACUGCAUAAACCGGUGGGGUUUCCUCUUGAACUUUUGCUAAGUCGUGACUUGCUUGUUUCUUCAGCUAGUGAGGGCCGAAGAUUUGAACUUGUUUCCACAAUAACCCACCAUGGGAGGGAAGCCUCAAAGGGGCAUUACACUGCUGAUACCCUUUACCCUAAUGGUCAAUGGUUACGGUUUGACGAUGCAUCUGUCACUGCCAUCAGCACAAGCAAGGUGUUGCAUGACCAGGCCUAUGUUCUCUUCUACAAACAAGUAAGAUGA